UCCAAGAAAAUGAAUGAAACGGAAUUAUUCCUUCGGUCGAUGUGAAUUUUGCCCAACCCUCGUGAUUUAGCUCGGUUUAUUUGUGGUAAUGUGGUUAUCAUUGCGGCAUAAGUCCAUAUAAUACCAUUGCAAGGCCUGGACUGCAACUCAUUCUGCUCUCUUUUAACUAACAUCAAUGGCCUCAAUACUGAGACUCCUCUUCGUUUUCCUCUUCGUCUUCCACAUUUCAGUGUUCAAGGCUUCAGGGGCAUCAAUAAUAUUCUACAACAAGUGCCCCCACCCAGUGUGGCCCGGCAUCCAGCCCAGCUCAGGAAAGCCCGUUCUGGCCCGCGGGGGCUUCAAACUCCCACCAAACAAGGCCUACUCCCUCCAACUCCCUGCCCUCUGGUCGGGCCGCUUCUGGGGCCGCCACGGCUGCGCCUUCGACGGCUCCGGACGGGGCCGCUGCGCCACCGGCGACUGCGGCGGGUCCCUGUUCUGCAACGGCAUCGGCGGAACUCCGCCGGCGACCCUAGCAGAGUUCACGCUGGGAAACGAGCAGGAUUUCUACGACGUGAGCCUGGUGGACGGUUACAACCUUCCAAUCUCGAUCACACCGUUCAAGGGAUCUGGAAAGUGCAGCUACGCUGGGUGCGUGAGCGACCUCAACAUGAUGUGCCCCGUAGGCCUGCAGGUGCGCUCACGCGACAAGAAGCGCGUGGUGGCCUGCAAGAGUGCCUGCUCCGCCUUCAACUCCCCUCGCUACUGCUGCACGGGUACCUAUGGAAGCCCACAGGCCUGCAAGCCCACUGCCUACUCCAGGAUCUUCAAGACCGCAUGCCCAAAGGCCUACUCCUACGCUUACGAUGACCCCACCAGCAUCGCCACUUGCACUCGCGCUAACUACUUGCUCACUUUCUGCCCUCGCCGCCGCUGAUCUCAAGCUCACUAUUCCUUAAUUCCUUACUACUUAAUACUUAAUAGUUACUACUAUUCUCUUGGCCUAGCCCUAUCCACUAUUACCAUUAUUAUCAUCAUUAUCAUUAUGUCAUAACAAUUUGCAUUUGCAUUUGCAUUAGUACUACCCAAUACUCUCUUAUUUCGUUACUUUAGUAUAUUAAUGUGUACUAGCUAGGUCUUCUGUAUUAAUUCAUAUUACAAUUACUACUACCGCGUGUCUGUUUGGUUUGUCAGGUGUUUUGCUUCCAUUGUUGUCAUUUAUGGCCAUGUUUUUAUCUUGGAGUAAAAAAGUAGGUUAUUUCAUACUAGCAAGUAGCAAGCACUUGUUAGAUACAUUUCUCAUCGCUAAUGGGUUUGCGGAUUUGUCUACUAUCAAUUCGUCCAUUUGGUUUCCAGCCUGAUAUUGAUAUACUGUACACCCUAAAA